GACAUUUUGAUUUGAGUUCAGUGGUCAGAUAAAACUAGAAUCACCAAGCAUAUGAUCUAAUCAAACACCCAAAUUUCGUCCAUUCCUGCAUUUCAUCAACGAAGUCUCUGUACCUCCUAGACCGCCAUGGCCAUGGCGUCGUGGUUCUCUCGCCUCCGCCGUUCCUCACAGCGCUUCUUCUUCACCUCCUCCGCCCUCCGAACCUCCAUGUCCACCAAGCUGGCGAGAACCCAAAAUACAACGAACUCCGAGAGCCCGAAAACCCCAUUUCUCUUCUGGUCGAGCUCGCUGAUUCCGGUCGCACUCGCAGUGUCAGCCGGAUCGCUUGCCCUCCACCCCCAAUCGGACCCAUCACUUUGUGAAGCCCCCAGUGCAAAUUCUCGCAACGAGUUUGUUGUUAAAGGGCUGCGCAAGGAAGUCCCACAAGAGCUUGUUGAUGAAUUGAAGGAUGUUUGUCAAGAUAACAUGACAAUGGAUUAUGAGGAGAGGUAUAACCAUGGAAAACCGCAGAACAGCUUUCACAAAGCGGUUAAUAUUCCCGACAUCGUUGUGUUUCCGAGGUCUGAAGAGCAAGUUUCUAAGAUAGUCAAGUCAUGCGACAAGCAUAAGGUUCCAAUUGUACCAUAUGGCGGGGCUACAUCCAUUGAGGGUCACACCUUGUCUCCCAAUGGAGGUGUAUGCAUCGACAUGUCAUUAAUGAAUCAUGUUAAAGCAUUACAUAUUGAGGACAUGGAUGUUGUUGUUGAGCCUGGGAUUGGAUGGAUGGAGCUUAAUGAAUACCUGGCUCCUUAUGGUCUAUUUUUUCCCCUGGAUCCAGGGCCUGGUGCAACAAUCGGAGGAAUGUGUGCGACACGUUGCUCUGGUUCCUUAGCUGUUAGGUAUGGAACCAUGCGUGAUAAUGUCAUUAGUCUCAAGGUAGUUCUUGCAAAUGGAGAUAUUGUUAAGACUGCAUCUCGUGCUAGAAAGAGUGCUGCAGGGUAUGAUUUGACCCGCCUGGUGAUUGGAAGUGAAGGAACACUUGGUGUAAUAACGGAAAUCACUCUACGCCUUCAGAAAAUUCCACAAUACUCAGUGGUUGCUAUGUGUAAUUUCCCUUCAAUUAAGGAUGCAGCAGAUGUUGCUAUUGCUACUAUGCUGUCGGGCAUUCAGGUUUCACGGGUUGAACUACUGGAUGAGGUUCAAGUGAGGGCAAUCAACAUUGCGAAUGGGAAGAAUUUUCUUGAAACUCCAACCUUAAUGUUCGAAUUUAUAGGCACAGAGGCAUAUUCCCGUGAGCAAACCCAUAUAGUUCAACAGAUUGUUUCUGAACACAAUGGCUCAGACUUUGUUUUUGCAGAAGACCCUGAAGCUAAAAAGGAACUCUGGAAGAUAAGGAAGGAGGCACUCUGGGCAUGCUUUGCAAUGGAGCCUAAUUUUGAGGCAAUGAUUUCGGAUGUAUGUGUUCCUUUAUCAUGUCUUGCAGAAUUGAUAUCAAGGUCCAAAGAACAGCUGGAUGCAUCAGAACUUGUUUGCACAGUUAUUGCUCAUGCUGGUGAUGGGAACUUCCAUACAGUGAUUCUCUUUGACCCUAGCAAUGAAGAACAUCGACGAGAAGCAGAGAGACUGAACCAUUUUAUGGUCCAUACUGCCCUGUCAAUGGAAGGAACAUGUACGGGUGAACAUGGCGUUGGUACAGGAAAAAUGAAGUAUCUUGAGCAAGAACUGGGAAUGGAGGCUUUGAAGGCAAUGAAAAGAAUAAAAGCAGCAUUAGAUCCCAACAACACCAUGAAUCCAGGAAAGCUAAUUCCUGCUCAUGUUUGUUUUUAAGAGCUUUACUCCCUCUGCCUACCAUCUUCCUUCCCGUCGCCGUCGGAAUUGAGAAAUCAAGCUGAAAUCAUUUCGUAUUAUUCUCUUACGUUCUUAUAAUCUUAAAUGGUACCCCAUGCAUAAAAGGAUUGAGGUGAAAACAUGUCUGCUAAACUUUGUUAAUAUUAAAUUUUUCUCCUAGUUUUGCUUGUUUUCCUUGGAGAAAACGAUUUGAAAACCAAUAACAUGCAUUGGAAUAAUAAGUGUUGUGUGUUUUAAUGACA